UGAUUGAAUCUGAAGGCACAAGUGCUUCUUUUGUUCCCAUCCAUUGAUCUUUUGGUCUAAGAUUCCAGCGAAACCUCAAAUCUCGAACCUUCACAAUGGCGAAAAGAUUAGGCACACUUCCUUUUGUCAAAUCGGUCUUGAAGUCAUUCAUGGCCGAGUCCGGCUUAGAGCCGAGACUACUAGGGCCACAUCUUAGGAUCACCAAUGCUGCCGUUGGCAAAGUAGAUUUUGAGCUAGAUAUCACCAAAGAUCACACGAAUCGCCUGAAGAUUCUGCACGGAGUUUCGUACCUUAGCGCUGGCGGUAAGAUAGGGGACAAAAUCAGUGUCACUGCUGUGUGUGAUAAGAUUGGAAAAACCUUGGCCUACACAUCCAUUACCUUCCGAAAUUCCAAAGGUGAACUUGCGGCAAGAGGAAGCCAUACAAAAUAUGUAGCACAAGCUUGGAAAGCGCAGGAAAUCCCCGGCCCCUUUACCCCUCCCCCAGGGGCGGAAAUCGACGAGGAAAAAUGACCUCGUGACUCGUAUCUUGCUAUUCUGCACAACCGAAGAGGCCAAGCCUCUUCUACCUAAAGUGCUGUCCGUUGAAAAAG